AAAAAAAAAAAAAAAAACUUCACACACAAUUCGUCACUUCUCCUGAUAUCACAAGAAGUGCGCCGUAUCAAACGCCUACUUUUCACAGCUGUGUUCUUAGCCUUCAAGAUGUCCGCAAUUGUGGAAACCAACAACUUCAACCAAAUUCUUCAGUAUUUUAACAAUGCUGGAGAACUUAUUGAGGAGACUAUACGUUUCGCUGUUGACUGUCCAAUCUGCACGGCCCGUCUGGCCCUAGGCAACCCAGACCUGGACCGGGUGACACAAGAUACACAUGAACCAUACAUCAUUCUGCCAGAAUGCGGACACGCAUUUGGGGCCACCUGCGUGCAGACUUGGUUCGCGACUGGGGAGGAUGCCUGCCCAAUUUGUCGUACACCAAGCUCCUGCGCCUUUAGAAACAACGUCUAUGUCCUCGGCUCCCACUUCAGCGCGAUUAAUCAGGCCGCCGAUAUCAAUAUCGCCCGCGAUCUGCUGAACGGUCGUCCUGUGCGUCCCAGACAGCCAGCACUGCAGCAGGUUCGCAACAGACCACGAGUGAACGUCCGACGACCUUCGGCUGAAGAAGUUCUCGCGUCCGAGAUAUUUAGAGCCUUGCAGACAAACUUGCAGCCCACCAUCCAAGCCGCCGCUCGAUCAGGCGAGGAAAAUGACGAUCACUGGGCUCUCAUUCACUCUGCACCUGUAAACCGGCGAAACUGGAGAGAGAGUUCCAUUGAUGAGAACCAUCGGAUAGAAGAUGCUGACGCCGCCGGAGUCUUUUAUGCGAUCCAUCGUCAAAGGCGAUGGGGUGGCCAGUUAGACUGGGAACGGGUCGAGGUGCAAGUCCCCGGUGCCAGAAUAAUGGUUGAGGCGCGGACUGCAAGGGAUCGGCCAAAUGCCGACAGGGCUCUUCUUCAAGAGAGCGAAGAAUUUUAUGAGGAGGAGGAGAGUAUUUUUGUUUAUCCAUGAGCAAGGCCAAAUUUGGUUGGUUUACAGUACAUAUGACAUAUAUGACCCCUGAUGAAUGCAUUUUUUGGGAUAAUUGUAAAAGUAGUAAGGUAGAACUGGUGGAGGUGAAGGUUAGGUGAAGUGGGUGGGGUUGUAGAUAGCUUCAAGUGGCAGGUGGCGGGUGUAUCUCUAGACGUCAGAAGAUUACAAGGGAGUGUCAGGGCUUGAUGUAGUUUUGGUGGAGAAUCGACAACUGCAGAUUCGACUUUGCCUUGCUCAAACCUUGAAAAAUGAAUCCUCAUUCAGUGUAUA